AUGGAUCUCGAAGCGAGAGAACGGCGAUCGUGCCGAAUUCAAUACCAGAGGGAACGAGGUCCGAAAGGGAAGAUUGAUGUCGAGGGUGAUAACAGACCAAGCGACGACAAAUUCGAUAACGCCUCCCAUCGUAAGAAGCCGCCAAAAAAGGCUCCAAGGGUGACGUUAGUUGAGAAGAUUCUAUCAAGCACCAGAACCAUAUGUAGCGUGCGUAAAGAAAAAGAAAGUCUUGAUCUUUGUCCAAGUUGUAUGUGGGGGCCCAAAGUUGGCUACGAUGAUGUCGUAUGGCACAAGCUAGGAAACUGUCCGUGGUGGCCGGCACGCGUGCUCACGCCUGGGACUGUGCCCUCUUGCCUCCUUAGCCGGUCGCACUCACCACACCAGUGGCCUCUUAAAUAUUACGGCACAUUAAAUCACUCUUGGGGAGAUUCUAACCGCAUGUGUCUAUUCCUGCCGAAACACACUCGCGCUUUAGAGGCAAAAGACGAUACUCUCAGACAAGCAGUUUUAGACGCUAGCGACGAUUAUAUUGCAGUUUACCUUACA